AUGGACAUGGACCUCGAUCAAACUUCCCACCACAACAAAGAUGGAAAACCCGUUUUGGUAAUCUUAGUUGGAGCGCCUGGGAGUGGGAAAUCCACCUUCUGUGAAGAUGUUAUGCGUUCCUCUUCUCGCUCUUGGGUUCGCGUUUGUCAGGACACUAUUGGAAAUGGUAAAGCAGGAAAUAAAGCUCAAUGUUUAAGUAGUGCAGCCAGGGCAUUGAAGGAUGGGAAGAGUGUAUUCAUUGACAGGUGCAAUCUUAACAGAGAACAGCGAUCAGAUUUUGUAAAGCUUCAGGGUGAAAUCCAAAUAGAUAUGCAUGCAGUUGUACUUGAUCUUCCUGCUAAGCUUUGUAUUUCUCGAUCUGUUAAACGAUCUGGGCAUGAAGGAAAUUUGCAGGGUGGAAAAGCUGCUGCAGUUGUGAAUAGAAUGCUUCAAAGUAAAGAGCUGCCCAAAUUAAGUGAAGGCUUUAACAGAAUAACAUUUUGUCAGAGCGAGAGUAAUGUCAAAGAUGCUAUUGAUACAUACCAAAAACUCGGGCCACUGGAUAACCUUUCACAUGGCUGUUUUGGUCAGAAAAAUCCAGAUUCCAAAAUCCAAUCUAGUAUAAUGAAAUUCCUGAAAAAGGUAGAUGUCCCAGUUGAUACUGCAUCUAAAGAAAAUGGCAUUAGAGACUCUACUUCCAAGACUCCUGGGAAAAGUGAUCCCCUCUGCAAAGAUAUGGAAAAAAUUCCAUCAGCACUUGACAAUUCCAAGUUAGGGUCAGAGGAAAUUGAAGGCCAGGCUGAUAAAUCUUCCAGUUCCUGUUACAAUCAAGUUUCUUUAGAUGAUACUCCAACUCUGGCAUUUCCAUCUAUUUCAACUUCUGAUUUCCAUUUCAACCAUGACAAGGCAGCUGAUAUUAUUGUUGAGAAGGUUGCAGAGUACUUAACUAAGGUGGGGAAUGCCAGACUUGUUCUAGUUGACUUGACACACAAGUCAAAGAUUUUAUCCUUAGUUAAAUCCAAAGCGGUAGAAAAGAACAUUGACACCCAGAAGUUCUUUACCCAUGUUGGUGACAUCACUCGCCUUUAUUCCAAAGGAGGUUUGCGCUGUAAUGUCAUAGCUAAUGCUGCCAACUGGAGGCUAAAACCUGGUGGUGGAGGUGUUAAUGCAUCAAUUUUUGAUGCCGCAGGUCCUGAACUGGAGUCUGCAACCAAAGAGAAAUUGAAGACUCUUUCACCUGGGAAUGCUGUUGUUGUCCCUCUACCUUCAUCUUCUCCUUUGUUCACAAGAGAAGGUGUGACCCAUGUAAUACAUGUCCUUGGACCUAAUAUGAAUCCACAAAGACCAAAUUGUCUGAACAAUGAUUAUGAAAAAGGCUGCAAAGUUCUCCAAGAUGCUUAUGCAUCCCUAUUUGAAGGUUUUGCAUCAAUUGUUAAGAACCAGGUACAGCAAAACGAAAACCCUGGAAAAAAGUUUCUGGAAGUGCAGGAUCAGUCUGAACAGCGUUCGAGAAAUCAUUCCCCAAACACUGAUCAAAAGAGUAAGAGAGAUGCUGAUCAUGGAUUGGAAAAAAGCAAGAAAUACAAGGGAAGUCAAGAUGGUUUUGACACAACCUUUACAGGUUCUAGGGAUGAAAAGAUAGAUUCAGAGCAUAAAAGAAGUGACGGUAGCACGAGGAAGGCAUGGGGAUCAUGGGCUCAAGCUCUUCACCAAAUAGCUAUGCAUCCUGAAAAGCACAAGGAUGACUUGCUUGAAAUUUCAGAAGACAUUGUUGUUUUGAAUGAUAUGUAUCCUAAGGCACAGAAGCAUGUUCUGGUCUUGGCACGGACUAGAGGUCUUGAUUGCCUGUCAGACGUCCAAAAUGAGCACCUCUCGGUAUUGAAAAGGUUGCAUGCAGUGGGUUUAAAAUGGGCUGAGAAUUUCUUGCGCGAGAAUGCUUCACUGAUAUUUCGCCUUGGAUAUCACUCGGUUCCAUCAAUGCGACAACUACAUUUACAUGUUAUUAGCCAGGACUUUGAAUCAAAACAUUUGAAGAAUAAGAAGCAUUGGAACUCGUUUAACACCGCUUUCUUUCGUGACUCGGUGGAUAUAAUUGAUGAGGUAUCUAAUCAUGGAAAAGCAACAUUGAAAGAUGAUGACAAGCUACUGUCUAUGGAGUUGAGGUGCCACAGAUGUAAAAGUGCGCAUCCAAACAUACCCCGCUUAAAAUCACAUAUUAGUAGCUGCCAAGCACCCUUUCCUGCUCACCUACUCGAAAAUGGCCGUUUGGUUGGUGCAUGA